AUGCACACAAGCUCGAGACUUCGGUAUAUCCUCGCCAUGGUUAAACGGCUUUUCAUCGAUACUGAUGAUGUAUGGUCCGAGUUAGGAGCGGAUUUCAGAGAACUAAGAACCAAACAAUCUAAAUCACAUGCUGGCUCAAGUCCUAAUUCCCCCCUGCCAGUCUCUACUUCAACCACAAUACCGCCUCCUGACCCAAUGGAAAGCGUUGCUUUCUCUUCGAUAAUCACAUGUACAGAUGAUACACCUUUGGUCGACCUUUUCGAUCUAUCAAGGUCCCCCUCUCCACUUUCGUCACUCAGCUCUACCUCUACCGAUACCAGCAUGUUCGAAGAACCAACUGAAAUAGCGAGUACGAUGACCCCCAAGGGAUAUGUCAUGAAUUUUUGUACCAUCAGAUUCAGCAAGACAUAUUAUCUAGAUUUCCAAAUACCCCUGACGCAUCGCGACCCAUACUUUGAUCUUACCCAGGAUCCAACCUUUUGGCCCGAGUUUUUUUACUACAAUCCGAACUAUAGUCACACAAAGAACGCUAUUCCCUACAUUCAACGCUGUCUCGACUUGAUGUACGACAAGACUGGAGAUGUGAGCAAUUUGCUUGCUGCCCUUGUAUUUGCUUGGACAUACAAUGAUGAUUCAGCAACUGCCGGCUUUUGGGCAAAGCUCUACGAACAGAUUAUGGCAGCGUUGCCUUUCAAGAACGCAGAUGGUCAAGAGAUCGUUUACCUAGGAAGAUUCGAGAUGCCAGGCGGCGUGAACAUAGGCUGCUGGAACAAAGCGAUGCAGGAAUUCUUCGAAGAAAAAGGCCACUUAAGCGAAUUUGUGUAUUUUGGAGUCGGUUUUAACCAUGGGUUUGAAUGGCUUCAAAGAAAGCCAGUAGAGGGAAUUUUGGAAAGGGAGCAGAUGGAGAGUGAAUGGGUAGUCGAGUUGCCAAGAAACGAAUACUAUUGUUGA